AACAAACACAAGUAGUUUUACAAUGAACCCACCUCUCUCUCUCUCUCUCUCUCUCUCUCUCUCUCUCUCUCUCUUCGAUUUCGUAAGCCUUCUCCCUGAAGCGGCCACAACCAACACAGCUGUUUUAAGAGCAAAGGCAUAUUUGAAGAGAGUACGUCAAAUAAGAUACCAAGGAGCUUGUCUAGAAUUUCGACAGCAGGUUGCAUAUUUUUAAACUGAAGAGAAAAAGAGAGAAAGAGUGAUGUCGGGUAUGGGAGACGGAUAUGUGGGCACUGCCCAAGAUGCAGUUCGGAUCCGACGGCUAGAGAAACAGAGAGAAGCUGAACGUCGGAAAAUUCAAGAGCUGAAAACCAAGUCUGCCUCUUCCAAUGGCCAACCCGGUCUCCUCCAAUUCGGCUCCAGCACUUCCGAGAUUCUUGAGACUGCUUUUAAGAAAGAAACUGUUGGUCUCGUCACCCGAGAACAGUAUGUUGAGAAGAGGGUAAAUAUUCAGAGUAAACUUGAGGAGGAAGAGAAGGAGAAGCUUCAGAAACAGCUUCAAGAGGAAGAGGAGCUUCAAUUACAAAAACGCAAAAAGAGGAAGGUCAAGGGCAAUUCGAGACUAUCAUUUUCCGAGGAUAUUGACAAUGAUGCUCAGGAGGAGGAGGAGCAGCCACAUCACAGUAAUAAUAUGGAAACAAAUGGAGGAGUAAGGUGUAGUAAGCUUGGUAAAGAUCCCACUGUUGAAACUAGCUUUCUACCUGACAGUGAGCGGGAGGCAGAGGAGCAAGCUGAACGUGAAAGGCUUCGCAGACAGUGGCUCCGUGAGCAGGACCAAAUUCGAAACGAGCCUCUUCAAAUCACAUACAGCUAUUGGGAUGGAACUGGCCACAGGCGUGCGAUCCAGGUACGCAAGGGCGACAGCAUUGGAGAGUUUCUUCGAGCAGUCCAACAGCAGCUAGCUCCUGAAUUUCGAGAGAUUCGAACAACCUCAGUAGAAAAUUUGCUUUAUGUGAAAGAAGACCUUAUCAUUCCUCAUCAACACAGCUUCUAUGAGCUAAUUGUGAACAAAGCUAGGGGCAAAAGUGGACCACUUUUUCAUUUUGAUGUGCAUGAAGAUGUACGUACAAUUGCUGAUGCCACCAUAGAGAAGGAUGAGUCUCAUGCUGGAAAAGUUGUAGAAAGGCACUGGUAUGAGAAGAACAAGCAUAUAUUUCCUGCUUCAAGAUGGGAGAUCUAUGAUCCAACAAGGAAAUGGGAACGAUAUACUAUCCAUGGGGAUUGAACUUGGCUGCCAAAUAAUUUUACUUGGAUUUGCUGCUUUUGAGCUGAUUAUGCCUCAGUUCUGUUAGUGUUGGUAAUAUAAUUAGUAAUUCCAGUGUUUGGAAUGGGUGGUCUUUAUUGCUAUAAUUCAUUGCAGAAACUUGGACAAUUAGUCAGAUUUAUUUUACAUUACAGUGGAAAUCUGACAGGCUGGGCAUCUAAAGUUUGUAAUCUUUUUGAUUUACUGAAAGGUUUAAGAGUUACCUGCUGGCAACUUCUUUCGUUCUGAUUGCCUUUUA